GAGUUUGUUGUGCACUGAUGUGGUAGGGUGGGGCUGUGGGGUGGUCUGCAGGCAGGGGAGCGGAGCCCCCUCUGCUGAUGAGCAAGGGCCAAGGGCAGACCUGGAGGCCAGCACUCUCUGCUCCCUCACCCGCCUCCCUGCUUCCCACACAGCCCUCUGGGACUGGCAUGGUGUCUGGAGGCGGGCCAGCAACCUGAUGUGCAUGCCACAGCCCGUCCCUCUCCCCACACAGAGCUGCAGAAAUCCUGAGGCUCAGAGAGCCGGCUGGAGAGGCAGCUUCAGCCCAGGAACUCUGUGACAGAGCAAAGGCUACCCAGCGGAUUCAUCCCUGUCUUGUGAUAAAGUGGAGUGAAGAGAGCCCCCAGCCUGCCAGUUCUUCAGUGCUGAGCCUACCACCGCCGCUUGCUGCCGAGCCAUGGCUGAAGGGGAGAUUACAACCUUCGCAGCCCUGACCGAGAGGUUCAACCUGCCUCUAGGAAACUACAAAAAGCCCAAACUGCUCUACUGCAGCAACGGGGGCCACUUCUUGAGGAUCCUUCCCGAUGGCACAGUGGAUGGGACAAGGGACAGGAGCGACCAGCACAUUCAGCUGCAGCUCAGUGCGGAAAGCGCGGGCGAAGUGUAUAUAAAGGGUACGGAGACGGGCCAGUACUUGGCCAUGGACACCGAAGGGCUUUUAUACGGCUCGACACCAAAUGAGGAAUGUCUGUUCCUGGAAAGGCUGGAAGAAAACCAUUAUAACACUUACACCUCCAAGAAGCAUGCGGAGAAGAACUGGUUUGUGGGCCUCAAGAAGAACGGGAGCUGUAAGCGCGGUCCUCGGACUCACUAUGGCCAGAAAGCCAUCUUGUUUCUGCCCCUCCCGGUGUCUUCUGACUAGAGGAGUCUGUUCUGAGUGUUCCCUAUGUUGGUUGACCCUACCAUGUUCCCUUGACCAUUGGCUGCGCUAACCCUCAGGCCACAGAGCCUGAAUUUGUAAACAGUGCUUCUAAAAUAGCCAGUUCACUUUUCUGCUGAGCCCUUCCCCACCACCCCAGCACAAUUUGGAACACAGGGACCAAAUUGCUUCAAGAGGACAACUGGCUGGCCACUCUAGGUCUGGGUUUGGAUAUCCGGAUGCCUCGGGGCACCUGCUACAAGCUGGACCUGGUGAUGCAAAGAUGGGGGCCAUACGAAGCAUCCAGAGGGGUCUAAGAAGUGGGUUCUUAGAAAGAUACCCACUGCAUGCUCUUUCCCCUUCUGAGCAAUCCCUGGUUUUAAGCACCCCAGGCAGUUAGCGUGACUACCCUUCCCUCUACCAGAACCUCACGAAUAUCAGUAAAGCGACCGGUAGUGAGGCGAAGGAAUUUCAUGAUAGAGAGAACCCCACCCCUCAGCCCCCACAUAUGGACAAGACUUAAAACCAAAAGGGAGUGUGGCGUUUCCGGGACAGCCUAGAAGCAUGGGAUCUCAGAACAGAGUAAGAAGGCAAGAGUCAGCCACAGGGAGUCAGGAUGAACCCACAGCCCAGCAGUUAUUACCAAGUUACCAAGGAAACGUCCACAGUCAGGGAAAGAGCCCCGGAAAUGGUUUCUUAGUAAUGGCAAGCACAGAGAUCUGGGGUCUGAAGAGUGGGUGUUGGAGCAAGGAGACAAGAUGUCUUCAGCCGUGGAUGUUAGCCUCUAAAAAGGAAGAUGUUAGACGGGAGGAGGAGGAGAGAAAAAGUAAGAUCAUGUCACUGUGUGCUUGGCCACCACAAAACUGGGGUUGUGGAGGUCCCAGUACAAUGGCCCCAAAUAGCCAAUACAUUCAGAUCAUCUGUGUUCAGAUUCAUUUGUAUGACUGUGAAACCUGAUUUGGUGGGGCUGGUGUGGAGGAGGUCUGUGUCUUGAAAGGCCCCCAGGUCCCAUAGAUGCUGCUGGCUUCCCCACCAUGCUUUCAAGAGCAGCCCCAGAGAAUGCUGUUCAAAUGAAGGUUGCUCAGACUUCACUCUCUUUUACCUCCAGCACCUGGGUUUCCCUGAGUAUCCAUCCAGGCAGUGUCCAUAGUUAGUGAAGCAUGGUUUCAAGGCACCUUGGCCCAGUGCCUAUAAAAUGCCCACUCAGAAAUCACUGAAACCGUACUUCAAAAAAAAGGUUCAACCUCACCAAAAGCUUUUUCCCAAGAGACCAUGUCUGUUACCGUUAAUUCUCCAAACUGGCUUCCUCCUUAAAGUAAACCUGGCCCAAGUGCCCAGCAAAUUAGAAACACUAUUCAUUUCUGACAUAGGACACAAACGCCAUGAGAAGGCCUUUCAUAACCCAAUUCAGUAUACUGUGAGACUUAUCUUCUCAUCGCAUCUUAUAUAGCUUGAAGGCAUUAAAUAGAUUCACAAUCAGCCACAGAGGAUAAUAACAACCUAGAAUGUAAAAGCUACUUAGUUAUCUAACAUGCUACAUUCAUUCAUGAGGCCUUUUCCUCUUUGUCUUCCACUGUGCUUUAAGAAUGGGUAUCUAGGGGCUGGUGAGAUGGGACAGAAGUUCAGUUCCUAGCAUUCACAGAGUGAUGCCCAGACCCAAUUCUAACUCUAACUCCACGGGAACUGCAUGCACAUGUACAAACCCACACUUUUUCAGAAAUAUAAGCCAAUAAUAUGGUGGUUGCGGAUUAAAACUGAUGACUGUGUUCAUUUGUUUGACAGGGAUCUAAAGUAAUUAUUUGCUGGAAAAAAAAAUCCUUAUAACAAUACUAUCAUAUCUUAGCACAGAAGUCAGAUGACACUCUUGGGAGUUCAGAGUGCUGAUGGGAGAACUAAACGGAGCUAUUUCAAAACAUGAUUAAUAAUAAUGUUCUUUCAGAUGUGGGGAUGCACACCUUUAAUCCCAGCACUCAGGAGGCAGAGGCAGGUGGAUCUAUGUACGACUGAGGCUAACCUGGUCUACACAGUGAGUUCCUGGGCAGCCAGGGGUAUAUAGAAAGGCCCUGUAUCUUUUUUUUUUUAAUCAUAAUAAUGUUUUGCUUUUUUUACAAAAAGAUGAUUCAUGGCUUUUUAAAGUCUAUAACUUAAAUAAUAUGUUUCUGUUUUGUUUUAGUAAAUCGUAGGCACACUGGAGAUAAUACAGUAUGGUUUCCCAUGUCUUUAUAUAAAGAUUUGGCCCAGAAAAGUAUACAGAGAUGAAAUCUAGGAUAUUUAGAAUAGUGAGUAGUUUUUUUAUCAAAUGAACCAAACACAAGUAUAACCCUGAUCAAGACAAAUUAAAAACCACUGCACAAGGAUGAAAUGAAGUCUGAGACCUCAGAGACUCAAAGCACUGAUGAUGGUCAUUGUAGCCUUAACCAUCAACCUAGUCACCAUCCAAGUAUUUGCUCAAAAUAUACUGCAGAUCCAAUGUGUGUCAGGCACUGGAUAUGGCCCCUGGGGACAAUGUCUGUCAGCUGUCCUCUCUCUGGGCAUAUAUUUGUAAAGAGAGAUGCUAUGGAUUCAUUUCCUUCAGUCAAGUCAAAACAUGGACUUCAUAGUUUCCUACUGAAUCAACAGUAUGUUCUAGAAACCCCCAACAGUCAGUAACACCACACCACCCCCAACAAAGUGACAGAGACAAGCUUUGCCAAGUAAACCCAGGACUUUCAAUGUUAGGCCUCUCAGAGGAGUGGACUAGUUUCAAAUCAGGAAGAAAAAAAAAGCUAUCGGAUCUUGCAGAAAGGGAGCAGAGAGACUGUCCCUGUGCUGGUGGGAACACUGAUCAUAGGAACAUUCGGUUGUGUACGAAGUCCCGAGACCAUCUGCUUGUCACAUGCCUCCUGUAUGCACUCAAUUCCAAGCUGACGACAACCUGGUGUCUAACACUCACUACGAACUGUGAGGAGCAUAUGGGCUUUUGACAAUUAGUGACACAAUGGAUAUGGAGCUGGGUGUAUCCCCUGAUGGCCAGGAGUGUGCCCCUACAGAAAUCCUAGCUGGUGCGUCAGCUGCCAUUGAAGACAAGGCCCCUGCUUUGUGUUGAAGGCAGUGAAGCCCAAAUCCUCAGCUCUGCAGAGAACACCGCCUAAAAGCAAUCACGGUCCCUGGCUGCAAAGCAGGCUCUGAUGGAGAUGACGCCUGACGUUCACUCUGCACCCAUACUGUAUUACACUCUGCACCUUAUCAAUAUUAAUAAAUGUUGUAUUAAUGGCU